UUUUCCUUAACCAAUUCACCACUCCAAAAAUUAGCCAGUCAUUGACGAAGACUACCAAAUCAAACCAUUGAAGAACGAAACGCAGAAGUGUAGAGAGAGAGAGAGAGAUUGGGGCAGAGUUGAAAAUUAACCUCUACAGCUGAGAGGAGAAGCUCAAGCGGAGUUUCCUAAUUUAUAGUCUCAGUUACCUUCAAUGGAUCCAACAGCAGAUGAGCAGUUGGACUAUGGUGAUGAGGAAUAUGGAGGAAGCCACAAGAUGCAGUACCAUGGAAGUGGGACAAUUCCUGCACUAGCAGAGGAUGAAAUGCUGGGUGAAGAUGAUGAAUAUGAUGAUCUUUACAAUGAUGUUAACAUUGGGGAAGGUUUCCUACAGCUGCAGCGGUCAGAGGUUCCAGUUCCUUCUGUUGAUGCGGGAAAUGGGAGUUUUCAAGUUCAGAAAGAUAGUUUUCCUGCCUCAAGGGCUGGUGGUUUAGGAUCAGAGGAGGCGAAAAUCCCUGGUAUUGCAACAGAAGAGAAGUAUGCUGGCACUGAAGUCCAAUUUCCCCAGCAAAAGGGUGGGCCUUUAGUUGAAAGGGAAACUGAACGACCUGCUGAUGCUGCACAAAAAGCAAGGCCUUCAGCACUUACCAUGAAUCUCAAUUCUCAAGUGGGGAACUCUGGUUACCAAGGAUCCAUGCCAAUGCCCCAGAAAAUUGGUGCUGAUCCUAUGGCUAUGCCAGAAAUAAAUACCAGUGAAGCUACACCAUUGGUGAAUUCUGCUGUGGCUGGACCAAGAGUUGUUCCGCACAUGCCAACUAAUCAAUUGAACUCAAGUGGGAAUGUUAACAUGAAUAAUCCAGUUAUUAGUGAGACUCCUUUUAGGCCAUCUCUGGAGAAUGGUAACACCAUGCUCUUUGUUGGAGAAUUGCACUGGUGGACUACUGAUGCUGAGCUUGAGAGUGUGCUAACUCAAUAUGGGAAUGUAAAGGAGAUCAAAUUCUUUGAUGAGAGAGCUAGUGGCAAGUCUAAAGGCUAUUGUCAAGUUGAGUUUUUUGACCCAGCUUCUGCAGCUGCUUGCAAAGAAGGAAUGAAUGGUUAUAACUUCAAUGGGCGACCCUGUGUUGUCGCAUUUGCAACUGCACAAACUAUAAAACAGAUGGGUUCCUCAUAUGCGAACAAAACUCAAAACCAGGUGCAGUCUCAACCACAGGGGCGGAGACCCAUGAAUGAGGGAGUCGGUAGAGGUGGGCCAAAUUACACCCCUGGAGAUGCUGGGAGGAAUUUCGGAAGAGGUAGUUGGGGGCGUGGAGGGCCGGGGAUGCCUAACAGAGGACCUGGGGGUGGACCAGUGAGGGGAAGAGGAGCCAUGGGAUCGAAGAAUAUGAUGGUGAAUCCUGGAGCUGGCAAUGGUGCUGGUGGAGCUUUUGGACAAGGACUUGCAGGUCCAGCAUUUGGUGGUCCUCCUCCAGGUCUAAUGCAUCCCCAGGGCAUGAUGGGUCCUGGUUUUGAUCCCAGUUUUAUGGGUCGAGGAGCUGGUUAUGGAGGAUUUUCAGGUCCUGCAUUUCCGGGGAUGAUGCCUCCAUUUCCUGCUGUUAAUCCUAUGGGCCUUCCUGGAGUGGCUCCUCAUGUCAACCCUGCAUUCUUUGGUCGAGGAAUGGCUGCAAAUGGAAUGGGAAUGAUGGGUACAGCUGGGAUGGAUGGGCCUCAUCCAGGAAUGUGGACUGACACAAGCGGGGGCGGAUGGGGAGGAGAAGAACAUGGCAGGAGAACUAGAGAGUCCAGUUAUGGGGGUGAAGAUAAUGCAUCAGAGUAUGGCUAUGGAGAGGUUAGCCAUGAUAAAGGAGCCAGGUCAAGUGCUGUGUCCAGGGAAAAGGAACGGGGUUCUGAGCGUGACUGGUCAGGCAACUCUGACAGGCGGCAUCGUGAUGAAAGAGAACAUGACAGAGAUAGGCAUGAUAAGGAGCACAGAUACAGGGAAGAAAGGGAUGGUUACCGGGACUAUCGUCAAAAGGAGCGUGAAUCAGAGUAUGAGGAGGAGUAUGACCGUGGACAGUCUUCUUCAAGAUCCCGUAGCAAAUCCCGAGCAGCUCAGGAGGAAAAUCAUAGGUCUAGAUCAAGAGACACAAAUUAUGGGAAACGUAGACGCGGACCUUCUGAAUGAUCUCUUAUAUGCUGCCGUGCAUCUAUUUUCCAAGUCUUUUAUAGGACUACAGGCGCAAUUAUUAACCUUUGGUGAUGUCCUUCCUUCAGCUACUUGUAUGCAGUGGCGUUCUUCCUGUUUUGUGUUGGUGCUGAUAUUCUGUGGUUUCAGGACUUAAAGAAGUAAGUCAAGUAUUACUAUGGUUCCAGGAAGUAGAUAUAGAUCCUUCUAUUCUACUCCCUAUAAACGUCAUUUGAUGCAGAACUUCUAUUUGUGCUAAGAUUAUGAGUAACUUUAUUGAAAAACUCACAUGGGUUUGCUUAACGAGUUGAGCUUUCUAAUUCUGUUAAUUUUUAGGUUUUAUGACUAUUAUCGUAAAUUAGCUCUUGGAGCUGCUAGAACUUGUUGUAUAUUAUCUUAGAGUUGUGAGCCCUUUUGUGUACGAUUGUUUGCUGACCAAGUUCUUUCAGUUAGUUAUAUUAGUUUAAUCUGAAAGCUGAGAAAUAGGCUUAAUGUAUCUUGAUGCUUGGCUUUUUCAAUUCGCUGCUCAUGUGAUAUUAAAAUGUGUAUUUUUUUCUUCUUUUGUUUGCCUGUUUGGGUGCACAUGUAUUGGCCGCGGGAGGGGGGCUGUCUUAUCUGGUCUAUUAAUCUCUAGGCUGCCAGACCUUGUUAUCUAGGGAGCCGCGAGGCAACUCUCUGUUUUUCGUGACUAAAUCAGCAUAUUUUGGUUAUCUGGAGGAAGAUGAGUUAAAUUGGACAAUUGUUUGAAAAUGCUAGUCUCUGCCUAGUGCCCUAGUGCGCGUGAGAUGUUUGUCUGUAAUUUUGUUUUCUUUAGCAUAUAACAUCAUGGGCGUCCAAUUUAGAUAGGGAUGCAUCAGCAGGCCCACCAGUCUUUUAAAGCUCUACUUUGAGCUAUGUAUUGUAGAUAUGUAGUAGGUUCCAUCAUGUGUAAUGUUUCAUACCGUUUUUUGCUCUUUUUUGAGCUUUGUAAAGAUCUUGUACCAAGUCUGCUGAGCACUUUGUUCUGUAGAUUUCAGUAUGGUGGGUUUGUACAUAGUAAUGCAACUCUAGGUUAGUUGUGGUCGGUUAGUAACUUUUGUAUGGUGCUGUAAUCCAAAAUAUAGGUGAUUGCUGUAACAUCUGGAAGAGUUGGCUUAUUAUUCAUCGCAGAUACAGAUAGUGACUGCAGAUUGCAUCUGUGGUAACCUCCCUGUAGGCCUGUAAAAACUUUUUUGUUGUUAGAUCAUACACCAAGUGUAAAUAUCUGUUGUAAUAUCUGAUAAUUUGAUCGCCUCUGCUUUCUUGUAACUCAUUCUGUAAAUUUGUGCCGCAUUGGCUGUAUAUAAUGUUGAUAUAAUUUGAUUUAGGA